GUGGCCCAGGCAGUGGAAAGGGGACUCAAUGUGCAAAUAUUGUGGAACAUUUUGGCUACACCCAUCUCAGUGCUGGUGAUCUUCUCAGAGCUGAAUAAAAAUCUGGAUCUGAAAAUGGGUAAGACCAUGAUUCAGAACAUGAUUAAAGAGGGAAAAAUAGUUCCUUCAGAGGUGACAAUCAAGCUUCUUCAGCGAGCGAUGCAGGAAUCUGGCAAUGACAAAUUUCUUAUUGAUGGCUUUCCCCGGAAUGAGGAAAACCGUGCUGCAUUUGAGUCUGUUACUGGUAUUGAGCCAGAAUACGUACUGUUUUUUGAUUGCCCAGAAGAAGAAAUGGAGAGAGACGGAAGAGAAGAUGACAACAUUGAAACAAUAAGGAAGCGGUUUAAGGUUUACAUGGAAUCUAGCCUUCCUGUUAUCGAAUAUUACAACUCUAAGGGAAGGUUAGAAAGAUUGAUGCAGCCAAGCCCAUUGAAGAGGUCUUUGAAGCUGUGUGAAAACAGUUUUCAGCCCAUCACAUGA